UGUGCGACAACUUGUGCUGUGGAAGGAUGUCUUGACGCGCGUCCGUUCAGUUAAGCAGUUAAGCAGGUACAUUUGAGCAGUACCGUAAGCAGUACAUCAGUACGGCCGCAUAAGUGAAAGAGCAGGCAUUUAAUAUUAGUUAUUGACAAUAGACAAUAUUAUUAUAUACAUGACAAUUCACACCCAAAAGCCACUCAAACAAUAAAAGAGAAAACAAAUCAAAAUCGAGCAACAAAGUAAACAACAACAAAAUCACAACACGCUGCGCUUAUCACACAAAAAACAACAACAACAACAACGAAUACGAAUACGAAUAACGAACAACGAAUCAAUUCUUGCGCACUCAGACCCAAAAACUGGCAAUCAGUCAAUCAGAGAAUCUCUGGCACAGACUAUACUAUCAUAUAUGUGCGUGUAUGUGUGUGAAGCUAUACUAUCUUCAUAUACGAAAUUCACAUAUAUCGACUUAUAUAUAUAUCGACUAUUCACGAUAUCGAUAAUAAACGCACUUGAGUCAGUCGCGUCUGUCAGUCGUUGUUGGUACUUCAAGCGGUUCUGUCGCUCUUCUUUUGCCUUUACUAUUUGAGGAUCAGUGUAAAUCGGAAUGGUUCUUAUCGGCCGUCGGUGCAUCGAAUUUGGACACGCUACUCUUCCUCCUGCUGCUGCUUCUGCUCCUGUUUCUGUUUCUUCGGGUUUUCUACUAGCUUCUGCUAUUUUAUGGCGUCAGUGCUAAUGAUGUCGCGUCAGGUAUUGCAACUUGCAACUGCAACCGUCUCGAUUGCGGUACACUGUGUUUGUGAUUGUUACUCUAGUGAUUGUGUCUAAUUUGCGUCUCCGGCGUGGCAAUAAAAAAAAAAAAACAGUGAGAAAUACUUGUAUGUGCACCGGUUACCGGUUAAUCGAAAUCAAAGCGUGCUUUCGUCUUAUCGCAAAUUACAAUUUAUAACACAUAUUUAAUUGAUACGCUGCAUCAAACAAAAAAAAUACAAAAAAAAAACGAAGCAAGACAAAUUAAUGCAUAAAACUUAAAGGGUCUAAAACAAAAGACUCGAGUGAGCAUUCAGAACUCAAUCAGAAAUCAAUCAAUCCAACGAUCCAACAUUUCAACGUUCCAUGAUGGACUUUCAAAGCGCUAUGGAAACCUUUGCCGAAGCCUGGGUCGCUGCCAAUGCCGGACAGCAGAGUCAAGCCUUGGCUUUAACCAGAGCGGCCAAUGCGGCGGCUGUUGUUGCUGCUGCCAAUGCCAAUGCCAAUGCCAAUGUUAAUGCCAAUGUUAAUGUAAAUGUUAAGAGUCCCUCGGCAGCAGCGAGUCUCAUGGACAUGGCUGUUAAAAAGGAGCACUCGCUGUCGCCGCCGCACAGCGUCAUGCCCCAGGAGGAGGCGGGACAGCUGCAACACAGACGCUCGUCGCUGCAAGGAGUGCAGGAGAAGCUUACCCAGUUGCAAAUGCAACAUCAGCAACAUCAGCAGCAACAACAGCAGCAGCAACAACAACAACAGCAACAACAACAAGCAGGCGCUGAGCAGCUGAAUGUUGCUGGUCGCAGAUCUGCUGAAGGCAGUCCUCAUUCCCUGGCACACCUGCAACACCAACAACAACAGCAGCAACAACAACAGCAACAACAUCUGCACAACGCCGACGGUGGCAACAACAACAACUUGGCCUCCUCGGCAACAUCUAGUCAGAAUGCAUCCCUGGCAGCAACGCCGAAGAGUGAACGGGAACGUGAACGUGAACGCGAACGGGAACGGGAGGAACGUGGCAGCAUCUCCUGUCUCCCUCCCGCUGCCCUGGGCAUGGCUGUGGGCGUACAACAACAACAACAGCAGCAACAACAACAGGCUGAGAAGCUUCUCAGUCAUCCAGCUUUGGAAUCCCGACGCGACUUCGAUGUCAGCAAAGUGAAUCCGAAAUCGCUUCCACUGCACUGCGUGGUUGAGUCUGUGCACUCGUUGCAUGCCUCGCUCACCAUCGACACACGCCAGCCCUGGAAACGGCGGCCCAACAUCGAGACAGACAGUUACGUGAUCAUUGCGGCUGCCACGCCCUGGAGUGAAAUAGUGCAAACGGCCUUGCAACGUCUCGGAUAUUCACAGGAGGUGGCAAACACGGCUAGAGGCUCGCUCAUCAUCAAGCACUGGAAGCCCAUUCCGCUGGAACAGAUCUCGGAUAAUCCGGCAGUGCCGGUUAGCGACAUUGUGGGUGAACUGACCUCGGUGAUUACCCUGCGCAUUGUCAUCCUGCGACCGAAGACUUCUCCCUUUGGGGAGAUUAAGGACAAGCUGCUCAAACUGCUCGUAUUGCAGUCACAUGCUCUACUCCGAUCCACCGGUUGUCCUUUGGAUGAGGUGACGCUCUCGCAGAUUUGCCGCAGCUCCCAUCAGAACACAUAUGCUCUGCCGGGCGGGGAGAUCUCGGAUGAGCUGCGUCGCAAGUUCGAUCAGUGGUGGUCAAAUCAGCUCUCUCCCCAGGCCGCCAUGACGCCCAAGAUGCUGCCCUUUAUGACGGCUCCGAGUGCGGUACCGCAGGUGGUACCGGGUGAAAUGGACUUUCCCGUGGGCACCGCAAUGGCAGCGGCGGCCGCAGCUGCCGCUCAUGCCGCGAAUCCGCUGGGAGCGAUGGGCAGUCGGGAGUCGUUGUUGCUGGCCAACGAGGCGGCAGUGGGACAUCAUCCGAGUGCGAAUGCGGUGGUGGUGGGUCAGUCCCAGGCAGCCGGACAUCAUGGUAGUAUGCUGGUGCAUCCGAUGCACGCCUCGCUGCAUCAUCAUCAUCAGUAUCCGAAUCCCAGUCCGCAUCCCAAUCAGAAGACACGCAUGCGCACCAGCUUCGAUCCCGAGAUGGAGCUGCCCAAGCUGCAGAAAUGGUUCCAGGAGAAUCCGCAUCCCUCGCGCCAACAGAUUCAGACCUACGUGGUGCAGCUGAAUGCGCUGGAAUCAAGACGUGGCAGGAAACCACUGGAUGUCAAUAACGUGGUCUACUGGUUCAAGAAUGCCCGGGCUGCCCAGAAACGGGCGGAGAUGCGGGGCGGAAGCUUGGGGAGUGCAAUGAGUGCUUUGGGACAUGCGGCCAUGAAUGGAUACUUGAGUCAGCACGCUCCUUUGGGUCAGAACUCGAGCAGCAGCGCUGGAAGUCAGGCAUUGAGCAUGGGAAAUCUGUCCAUGUCCCAUGAAUAUCUCAAGAGUCCGAUGAGCCUGAAGUCGGAGGAUAUAGACACGAUGUCACAGCACUCGGAUGAGAUGGAGGAGGAGCCGAGCAGACCAACAACGCCACAAUUGCCGCUCUCUUUGACCACACACGAGCGACAUCGCAGCUCGCCUUUAAUGGAGGAUGAGGAGGAGGAGCAACCACAACUGGAAGCACAGCAGCCACAGCGAGUGAAGAGCGCAGAGAGCGACUUGGUCAAUGGGGAGAGAGAGCGAGAGCAGAAACCCACUAUAAAGACAGCGGAGGAAACCGAAAAUGAGAACUCCAAUGAUAAAUCCAAUGAAAACUCCAAUGCAAAUGCCAAUGCUGAAACCAACGAUGACAACAGCAACCACAACAACCACAAUCACAACAACAACAACCACAACAACAACAACAACGACAACAAUUCACUCUUAGAAAGAGAAGAGUCCACUUCCACACCCAAAAGGAGCACUCCCAAAGAGGAAGAUGACGACCUGGACAUGGAUGAGGAUGAUGAGGACAAUGAGAAUGAUGCCAGUCAUCUGGAUGAGUUCCGUUCUCCCUCGCCGGACUUGUCGGCCGGCUCUGGUGUGGUGGUACCGCACAAGGAUCAGCUGCCCUUUCCCAUGGUGCCCAACUCCAUGUUCUCGCAAUCCUUCAUGUACAUGAGUCACUAUAUUCCGGCCUUUGGCCAAGCAGCUGCUGCCCAUCCACAUGCUCAUCAUGCCGCUGCCGCAGCGGCCGCUGCUGCCGCUGGUAUGCCGCCCAUGGGCGGACCGGGUCUCAAUCUGUCGAGCAUCUCAAAUGAGGAGCGUCGCAAGCGCAAUCGCACCUUCAUUGAUCCUGUGACUGAGGUGCCCAAGCUGGAGCAGUGGUUCGCCAUGAACACACAUCCCUCGCACAACCUCAUCCUCAAGUACACCGAGGAACUCAACACAAUGCCCUACCGCCAUAAGUUUCCACGGCUGGAGAGCAAAAACGUGCAGUUCUGGUUCAAGAACCGACGGGCCAAAUGCAAACGCCUUAAGAUGUCCCUCUAUGACAACAGUCAGUGCAGUCAACUCGGUGGUCUCGGCUCCUUUGUGCCCAAAUACGAGGAGCGGGAUUAGAUGCCACUUAUCCAGAAGUCGGAGUACGAAAUCAAAAUCAAGAUAGAAUUUUCUUGAAGUAUUUGUAAAUACUUGGCUAGCAAUUAAAACAGCUAUAGCAAUAUUUUAAAAUUAAUCCAUAUGCAGCUAUGAGAAAAUAAUAAUCCCCCAAUGAUCCAAUCUAAUUAAGCAAGACUCCCAUAAGUAUUACGACAACUAGAAAUGUCCCAGUUUCAAUCCCAGUUUAAGGCACUCGCCGCGGAAUAUUUAGCAAAAAUUAGAUGAAAGAUAGAUGAACUAAAACUAAAACUACAACUAAAACUAGCACUAGUGAUUUAAUUUAACUGAUCGCAGAAAGUUUCGAUAUACGAUAUAAGCUUGAACGUGUAGAUUGACCUAAUCAAAUACAUAUAAAUAUUCAACACUCUACAAUUAAAUAAGUUUAACUAUUUAAAUUUGAAUUUUAUCUUGAAUUUGAAUGGAGGAGUGUAACCAAAGAAAGCUAAUCCAAUGUGUAAAUAUAUAUAUGUUACUUUAUAUAGUAUAUACUUUAUAUACGUGCAUCUACGACCAUUGGAAAUUUUUAUUUCUUGUAAUCCUUUGAUUUCUAAACGUUUUGCCUUAUUUUAGAUCGUUUUCCAGCUUAGCAUACGAGUAGUAUUUCUAUAAAAAAUUAUAUAAGAAUAAAAUAAUAAAUUACAAUAAAUGAAUGGGUUCCGUUCUAUAUCUUGGUAUCUAAUACCUACAAAUCAAUGAUACAAUUUUUGAAAAAUAUGCUUCUCUUUAAAAAAUAUUUAAUUGUAUUCUUUUGGAAUUGCAUGUGUAUUAAAGGAAGUCAAAUUGGCAGUUUGAUAACUAUAAAAAAAAAAUAGAUUCACUCUUAUAGCCACACUUUAACAAUGUUUAAUAAAUUGUUCCACUAGAUAUAUAAGCAUACAAAUCGAAAAUAAAGCAAAAUUAAAUUAACUUGUAAUUUAUUGAAAUGAACGCAUGAAUACACAUCAAAUACUUAUUACAAGACCACACACAUUAUAUUAUAAUAUGUAUUUCCAGCAAUUAUUAAAUGAU